AAAGUGAAACUACAUUAACCAGCCUACGCUACUACUUACGUCCACUUUUACGUAAUGGGCAACUCCCCGGAUGCGGCUGUGAUUGACUAUACCAGGCAAGAAAAGAUCGAAAGCUAAGUGGCGGUAAGUCGAAAGUUUAUUCAUAUACCGCUUCCACGGCGAAGUAUCACCUUCCAGGCACAGGUGCUACAGCCCCAGUGGUCGUUGGCAGGAUGCAGACCAUUAAGUGUGUGGUGGUGGGUGACGGGGCGGUGGGGAAAACCUGCCUGCUGAUCUCCUACACCACCAACGCCUUCCCAGAAGAAUACAUCCCCACGGUGUUCGACAACUACAGCGCCCAGAUGAGCGUGGACGGCCGCACCGUCAGCCUCAACCUGUGGGACACCGCGGGCCAGGAGGAGUACGACCGCCUGCGCACCCUCUCCUACCCGCAGACCAACGUCUUCAUCAUCUGCUUCUCCAUCGGCAGCCCGUCCUCCCACGCCAACGUCCGGCACAAGUGGCACCCCGAGGUGUCCCACCACUGCCCCAACGUGCCCAUCCUGCUGGUGGGCACCAAGAAGGACCUGAGAGGCGACGAGGAGACGGUGAAGAAGCUGAAGGAGCAGAGUCUGGCGCCCACCACCCACCAGCAGGGCAACGCGCUGGCCAAGCAGAUCGGCGCCGUCAAGUACAUGGAGUGCUCCGCGCUCAAGCAGGAUAACGUCCGGGAGGUGUUCGCCGAAGCCGUGAGGGCCGUGUUGUAUCCCGUCUCCAAGAAGAAUCCCAAAAAGUGUGUUCUGUUGUAAUAAACGGUUCCCCGGGGGGGGUUUGGACCGCGGCAGAGGAACGACGGAGGGCCCUACGGACGGACGGACGCAAGCGAGAGGCUGUAGAACAAAAAAAAAAAGGAUGCCACCUGGUUGCUUCCAGCCCCACCUCUGUCGAGUUUUCCUCGCUCCUCUCCUGGAGGAUCUCACCGAGUGGCCUUCAUCACCAAAGUGACUGAUUCAAAAUGAAGGCGACAGACCUUUAAAAGUUAAACUUUUUUUUUUUUUUUAUUUACAUCUUCUGAUUUUACACCUUCUUGAUUUAUAGCUUCUUUGCUUUAAAAAAAAAAAAAGUAAAAAAAAAAAAGUGAUCACGGUUGCCACAAAAGCCAAAACUUUCCAAAUCAACCAACCAUUCCCUGUUUGACUGGAGGAAGAGGAGAGAUGUGCGUUUUGUUCAGGUGGAGACUAAGUGACUACCUCAUAUUCUCACCUAAGGUGCAUUCUCGUUCGGGGUCUCAAGCAAAGUUGUCAUCAGGAUCCUUUUUUUUUUUUUUUUUUGAGUCGCCCCUUUUGAUGCGCGAGGAACUGCCGAGUUCGAGGUUAGCAGCCGGAUCUUGAAUCUUGGGCUGUUUUUGACUUCAGUUUAGCCUGAAUCCAGAAAAGGGUAUUAUGACUCCUGGACAAAUGCACAGAUUAGUGGUUUAAAAAAAAAAAAGAAAAGAAAAUUCCUAACUAGUUCCUCUUCAGCUCAUUCUGGUAUGUAAAGAGUUGGCUGGCAAGUUGCACUUCCCGCCUCUCGUUCUGCUCACUUCUUUCCUGCGGGUAAGAGCUUAUAGAAGUUAGCGCGGGACCCAAAUAACUAAACUAAACUAAACCGGCUUCCUCAAGUCAGCUUAGCCUGGCUUUGCCCCGCGUCCCAAUUUCUCAGGCCUGAUCGGAGCGCCAUUACAAACAUGCCUAUGAGUUCCUCUUUGACGAGGCGAGGUUAAGGAAGAGUGUAUUUCUUUAGUUGUGAAUUUACUCUGUAAAUGAUUUUUCUUAAUCCUGAAAUGUUUUUAACUUACAUGUGCAGUUAUUGCCAAAGUAUAUAUAUAUAUAUAUAUAUUUUUUUUUUUUUGUAAUGGCUCAUGUUUCUUUUGAUCAGUAAAAAUGUUUGUGCGGUAUUUUUAAUCAGAUACGGUAAACUAGAGAAAUCAUAAUGCUUCCCCUUUUUUCAGCCACAAGAUUGUCUACGAGGAAGACCACUGUAUAAUCCAUUUAAUUGUAGCGUGUAAUGCUGGUUCACGUCGGGCGAUUUCUACGCGGUGGGGAACUUUCAGUCGUUUUGUAGUCUUGCGCCGCCACUAUACGGUUAGUUUUCAGCACAGAAGAAGCGUCUGUAUUGGACCGGGUGCCUUAUCUAAACCAAAGACCGUUACAUCUCUGUCUAGCCCCAAAGGAUCGCCUUGUCAUGCUGCAAAUGCUACUAGAAAAGUUCAGGCACACCCCACCCACUUUAAAAAAAAAAAAAAAAAAAAAAGCUCAGAUUUAUUUUUCUAUGUUUAUAGCAUGCUUUCUGCCUCUGCUGCUUCCAGUAAAUACCAUCUCCUUGCAGCGGGGUUUUUUUUUUUUUUUUUUUUUUUUGGUAAGGCACAGGUGCUAAGCUGUCAUCUUGCACAGCGAAGUCUUGUGUGCGUUUGUGAAACGGGGUUCAUAGCUCUUAACAGAUUGUGGUUUACAUCCCUGCCUUGCAUAGUGCAGUGAGGGCAAAGCGCGACUUGUGCUGCGUCGGCGUCGCCGCGGCACAGUUGAAGAUUUCUAUAUAUUUUUCUAAAGUGUUGUUCUUUUUUUUUUUUUUUUUUUUUUUUAACUCCUUGCUGGUUUGUGCUUACAACUAGCUGCAAUAAUGGCAAACCCUCACACUUGGUUAUUUCUUUUUUUAUUAUUAUUUCCACAGCCACCUGGGGUAUUCGGUUGUUUAGCCUAGAUUGUGUUCUGCUCAGAGUCUAGAAUAAAUGAAGAGCAAUACAAGCGCAAGGUUUUUUGUGUGACAUUGAUUCGCUUUGAGAUCUACGAAAAGGAUGCGUGAAAUUUCCUAAAAGGGGUCUGACGAGAGCUUGAAUGUGUGUGUGUGCACGAUAUUUAAAAAUUAUCCGUGGAAAACUUAUUUUCUGAUUCUAUUUUUUUUUUUUUUUUUUCUUGAAUCAUGUCCCAAAUUUACUCAGAGAGGGUGAUUUAAAGUGGAACACACCCCUCCCCCCCCCGUGGGCUCUCUGCAUCUGUGUCCUGGAGCAAUAUGCUGCCGUGUGCGUGGUACUACGCUUUUACACUGGGAACUUGAUUUGUAGAAAUCUGUAAUUGUUUUUAUAAAUAACAAAAGCAUAUUUGUAUAAACGAACUAACCGUGAGAUGAUUUUAAAUUAUGCCUAAUAAAAAUGGUGCCUAAAACCAGUAAA